UAUUGGAAAUGCUGUUGUAAUGUUGGAAUGACCGUUAUAGCAAUGUAAAUGCCUUUAUGGUGCCGUUAAGUUGUUGUAGUAAAUACGAGGCCUAGUUAGUAACGAAGCCUGUGACUUUCCUUAUUGUGGAUGUUACUUGUGAUUUAGUAGGUCGAGUCAGACUUGUGCCUAUGUUGCGAUCCUGAGAGUGAUGACGAAGUAUCUCAUCCACAGUUUAGUGUUAAGUGUAAUGCUGUACAUUUGGGGUGCAGUGGGAUGAAUACACUGUGCCUGUAUGCAACGCAUCAGCUUGUGCCUUUGUCUAGUUGUUCAGGGGUAAUGUGGGGGCCUGGUCCUUCCAGGAUCUAUUGUUAUCUGAGACAAUGUUCUGAUGCUGUGGUGUUCAUUGUGUGGGUGUUUCCGAAUUAUAACAGAUGCUGUAUCUGUGUUUUCUCACCAGUUUUACCUGUUACAAUCAAUAAAUGAUGAUCGGAGUUGGACGGUCAUCCUGGCUUCGAGGGUUUAUUGAACACAUGGUUGUCUACUCGACUAGCGGUGCAACGCAGCGCACAGCGAGGCCGAGAUACAAAAUACCAAAACGUCAAUUUCUCACCCGGGGAAUUGUUUCUGCCAUGGAACAUUUGCCAUACAUGUUGGUAUCAGAAAAUCUCUCUGCAACAUACAAUCAAGAUGAAGUAAAGUGCAUCACUAAAUACUUCAAUGUGGUGACUUUAACGAGUAUUCAAGAAAACAAAGGCUUGGCAGAAAAAGUCGAGGCCAUCGGUAUUUUAUGCUGGGAACUUGUGGUCACCAAAGAUCUCUUGGAUAGUCUUCCUAAUUUGAGGACGGUCGCGAGUUUUGGAGCGGGGGUUGACCAUCUCGACUUGCCUUUGCUCUGGAGCCAUGGCGUCUCUGUGUCCCACACUCCGGAUGUUGUCUCUGCCACCACGGCCGACAUGGGCAUGGCCCUGCUACUUGCCUCUGCCAGGGAGGUGGUGAAUGGUGCCUACCUUACAAAAUCACCAAAUUAUAUGGACGGAGGUCGCAUCUUGGUUGGCGUGGACGUCCAUGGUGCCACUCUUGGGAUCUUAGGAAUGGGUCGUAUUGGCCGUUUGGUAGCAGAAAGAGCCCAUGGUUUUCAUAUGUCCAUUCUAUACCACAAUCGCACAAGGAGACCAAUACAUGAGGAGACAGCCUUGGGUGCUCAAUAUUGCCAAAAGAUUGACGAAGUCCUGGAAAAAUCUGACUUCCUCGUGAUCGCAGUCGAUGCAAACCCAGGAACAGUAAAAAUCAUUGGAGGGCGGGAACUCAAGCUGAUGAAGACCAAUGCCACGAUCAUCAACAUCUCCAGAGGCAUCGUGAUAGACCAAGCUGCUCUCGUGAAAGCCCUCCAGAACAAGUGGAUCAGAGCAGCUGCUCUUGACGUCACCGACCCAGAGCCACUGCCCAGGGAUCACCCUCUGCUGCAACUUCCAAACGUGAUCGUCACUCCUCACAUCGGGGCCUCCACAGUUCACACGAGACGAGAGAUGCUUCAAAGUGUUGCAGCAAAUGCCCUGGCAGCUGUGCAGGGCCGGCCCAUCCCGCACGAAGUGAAACCUCAUCAGGGCUGAAACCCACUACUCGAGCACAACCCAGCGGCGUUGCUAUAUUCAGAAAAUGACGCAAUGUGGGUUGCUGCGAUAACUAAACCUUGCUUCGCACCCAACUGUAUUAACGACACGUUGACUAGCAUCUAACUGUAUUAACUACACAUUGACUAGCAUCUAACUGUAUUAACUACACACGGACUCGCACUGAGCUGCAUGAAGUUAGAAUUUAAAAAAAUUAACUUCCGUAAUUUACAAGCGCAAUAGGUGCUGCUCAUGAUCGGGCACGUACACAUCAUAGAUGCAUGUGCUGAAUUUUACCCAAACAUUUUUUAGAAAUGUUUUGCUCAACACUGCGGUUUUACUGCCUUUAAAUUGUAUGGGAUAUGAAGUCAGUCAUUUGUUCCAAAUGAAACGUUUCAUGAAACAGACAUGAAAAAUACGUUGUAACAAACAGCUGAGAUUAAAAUUGUUUUAUUGAUAUAUAACGUAAACAUUUACAUAAUUCCCUCUGAAGGGUGUCCUGGGAGAAAAAGAGAAUUCACCAAAUGGAAAUCGUUAAGUUGGUGGAUUAAGUUGUUGACAAAGGUGAUUAAUUAGGUGAAUUGUGCAGUCAUCUGUGAGAAUAUGCCAUGAUAAAAAAAACAAUUAAAAUUAAAUUGUAAAGUUGUUCAAGGAAGCUAGCAUGAGUUAUUUUACAUAUAUAACGUCAUCCAGGACACCCCUACAAUCGUAGACUUAAAGUGCCAACAUGAAAUAAACAAAUGGCAUUAAAAACCUUGUACUCAAAAACCUUAAGUGAUCAGAGCAACAUGCGUAAUACAAUAUCACAGAUCGAUUUACAAAUAUCUAAUUCACACAGAAAAUGAAAGUACUAAUAUUGAUGUACUUAACUGCAUAUCUUUAUGAAAUGCAAUAAAUGCGGUUGAAGCUUAUUAAUAAAAAAUAAAUGUUAACGGUGACUAUUUUAUAACCGGUAGUAUUAAUGGAGGUAUCAAUUAAAU